UUUCAGAGCUCACUCCUCCUUAACAAGAAGCGAUCCAGCUGAGUCAAUAUCUAACCUUAAUUUCCUCUAUACUAUAUUAGCAACUAGCAAGAGAGAUUAGAGAGAAAUAUAAGACUAAUAACAUCAUCAUCAUCAUCAUCAACAUAUAAAUACAUAGAAUCAUGAAUCAAAGAUCUAUGGAUGAACAAAUGAUGCUUAUAUCUCAGCUAUAUCCUGCUGCUGGUGAUGCAUACACUCAGAUAAUUGCUCAACAAGGGGAGAAUAAGAAAGCAAGAAGGAGGCGUAACAAGAAGAAGAAGGGAGGAGAAAACGGAGGUGGAGAAGGGAACAAAAAGAGAAAGUUGAGUGAAGAGCAAGUGAAUCUUCUUGAGAUUAAUUUUGGGAACGAACACAAACUGGAGUCGGAACGGAAGGACAAGCUAGCUUUGGAGCUUGGUUUGGAUCCGAGGCAAGUUGCCGUUUGGUUUCAGAAUAGAAGAGCUCGUUGGAAGAACAAGAAACUGGAGGAAGAAUACUCCAAUCUCAAGAGAGCACAUGAAACCACUCUACUCGACAAAUGUCGCCUUGAAACUGAGGUGCUGAAACUUAACGAGCAACUUUCUAAUGCAAAAGAGGAGAUUCAACGAUUGCAAGACAUGGUCCCAAGCAACAGUUCUAGUUCGCAAUCGCAAUCACAAUCACAGUCAAUGGAAAUUAUGGACCCGCCAUUUCUUGGAGAUUAUGUCUUUUGUGUGCCUGAAACUCAUUACAUUAAUGGCAUGGAAUGGGUUGAUCCGUACGAAAAUAUUUGGUAAAAACAAAAGAAUUGGUCAAAACUUGUCUUAUUUAGUAUUCAUUAAUUAUUACUAAAAUUAAUAUAAAUAAGACAAGUUUAGACUAUUUUUUUUUCUAACAUUACUAGGCCAACUUAUUAUAUAUUUACAUAAGUUUAAUUAGCAUGUUGUAAAUAAUGUGGAUAAUAAUCUAAUAUGUAAUAUAUUGUUCCUAGCUCUAAACUAGUGUGUGUAUUUGACUAUGAUGUAAU